ACUAAGGUAUGCGAGAAGCGGCAUAUAGACAGAGGAGGGAGCAGAGUGGCAUCCUCCUUCCUCUCUUCCGCCCCCGUCGCCGGGCCGCAGGCAGCUCACCGCCGCCGCCUCCUCCCCCCGCCCACCGCCUCCUCACCGUCCGUCCCAACCCCUUCGCGCCCCUUUGUAUCCUCCGCUAUCCGCCCGUACAGAUCCGUCCGGCGAGCAUCCUCAGCCGCCCCCGACGGGCUCGCCGCCGCCAGGACCUCACCGCUGCCCCCCUCACCGCGAAGAGAACCGAGGUCCGCCCAAGCUCCAAUUUUUCGCCUGGGGAACAGACCGCCCGCCGCCUUCUCUGCUCCACUGAAGAUACGGUGAUUCCUUCCUGCUUGGACGACUGGGAUCAUCAGCUUGCGCCGGCUGACUACAAGCGAGCCCCCAUGGCGGGGCUAGAGGAGUUAAAGAAGAAGCUGCAGCCCUUGCUGUUCGACGACUCGGACAAGGGCGGCGUCAGCACCCGGGUUCCCUUCCCGGAGGAUACAUGCGAUUCCUAUGUGGUAUCUGAUGGUGGAACGAUAAAUUUACUGAGUAGAUCGUUUGGUGAGUAUAACAUCAAUGAGCAUGGCUUUCACAAGCGAAGUACUGGGCCAGAAGAGCCCGAUACCGGUGAGAAGGCAUACCGAUGUGCAUCUGAAGACAUGCAUAUAUUUGGUCCCAUUGGAAGCGGAGCAAGCAGCGUUGUUCAGAGAGCUAUUUUCAUACCAGUUCAUCGUAUUCUGGCCUUGAAGAAGAUAAACAUAUUUGAGAAGGAGAAAAGGCAACAAAUUCUUAAUGAGAUGAGAACGUUAUGUGAAGCAAGUUGCUAUCCUGGUUUAGUUGAAUUCCAGGGUGCAUUUUACAUGCCCGAUUCUGGACAAAUAAGCAUUGCCCUUGAAUACAUGGAUGGUGGCUCUUUAGCAGACGUUAUAAGAGUCAAGAAAUCAAUACCAGAGCCAGUUCUUGCGCAUAUGCUACUGAAAGUAUUACUUGGCCUGAAGUACUUGCAUGAAGUAAGACAUCUAGUGCAUAGAGAUCUAAAGCCAGCGAAUAUACUGGUAAACCUCAAGGGAGAGGCAAAAAUUACAGACUUUGGUGUAAGUGCUGGUUUGGACAAUACAAUGGCUAUGUGUGCUACCUUUGUAGGAACCGUGACAUAUAUGUCACCUGAGAGAAUUCGUAAUGAGAACUACUCUUAUGCUGCUGAUAUUUGGAGUCUUGGACUAACGAUAUUGGAGUGUGCUACUGGUAAAUUUCCAUAUAAUGUCAAUGAAGGCCCAGCCAAUCUCAUGCUGCAGAUACUCGAUGAUCCAUCACCAGCACCACCAGAAGAUGCCUAUACACCAGAAUUUUGUUCCUUCAUAAAUGAUUGCUUGCGGAAAGAUGCUGAUGCAAGGCCUACAUGCGAGCAGCUUUUGUCACACCCAUUCAUCAAGAGGUAUGAGCAAACUGGUGUGGACUUGGCAGCAUAUGUCAGGGGUGUUGUUAACCCAACAGAAAGAUUAAAGCAAAUAGCAGAGAUGCUUGCUGUUCAUUAUUACCUCCUGUUUAAUGGCUCUGAAGGACCUUGGAAUCAUAUGAAGACAUUCUACAGGGAAGAAUCAUCUUUCAGUUUUUCAGGGAAUGUGUAUGUCGGACAAAGUGCCAUAUUUGAUACUUUAUCAAAUAUAAGAAAGAAGUUAAAAGGUGAUCGGCCUAGAGAAAAAAUUGUUCAUGUUGUUGAGAAGCUACACUGCCGUGCGAAUGGGGAAACAGAAAUCGCUAUUCGUGUGUCUGGGUCAUUCAUCACGGGCAACCAAUUCCUAAUAUUUGGUGAAGGGUUGCAAGCUGAAGGGAUGCCCAGCUUGGACGGAAUUGAUAUCGACAUUCCAAGCAAGCGCGUAGGCCAGUUCCGGGAGCAGUUCACCGUGCAUCCAGGGACUUCCAUGGGGUGCUACUACAUAGCAAAGCAAGACCUCUACAUCGUUCAGUCCUGAAAACAAUGUAUAAACUGUAAGUUAUGUUCCGUUUGUGCCGUCAAUGAUUCCAGUUCCCGAUGAAAGCUAGCUAUGUCAUGGUUUCCACUUUCUCGCGGCCCCUUGACUUCGACAUCGACAGGCUUGAGACCACAACGCAGUCCUGCUACCAUUGACAUUGAUUCCAUUUCUUCUCGAUGCGAGCAAUCAAACCUGUAGCUGAAACAUAACUUGAUCGUUGACCACUUGUUUGUAAGGUGGCAAGGAGGAUGAAGCGAUUCUAAUGAUUGUUGUGCAUAGAUAGAUACUCUUGACACAUGGUGCGGGUUUAUUCGAGGCUGCUCGAUUUCUGUUGUAGAUGAGAAGAUUGCGCGUGUGCGCUAAUAAGUGACGCAGCCCCAAUGUAGGUCUGUACUACUCAUGCUUAUGUGGGAAAAAAAAAGACUAUCUAUAAUUAACUCCGCUGGUACUGUAUCGUUCUGUUUGACAUUUUUCUUUUUUCUUCAACUGUUACUAAGAUGCCUGAGAAGUUCAAAUUUUAUGCACUUUAUUUCGA